CGCUCCUCGGGGGGCCGCGCCCCAUCCCGUUCAGUAGUGGUUUGCGCAGCGCGGGUCGCGGAUUGCCGUACGAGUUCCGCCGCGGAUGUCCCGGUGAGUGACGAAGUCGACACGAGUGCGCGUGUGGCAACAGCCGGCCAGGCCGCCAGCCUUGGCCAGCCACGGACCAGAGGCCCGGCCGGCGAUGUCCAUGCGUUUGUGAGGUCAGCCUCACGGACGGCCUCGCGGACGGCCCCACAGCCGGUACCGUGUGCAUGGCCGCUAUGCUAUCCGUAAGCCGAGACUCCGCACACUGUCUUUGGGGCGGUGCCGGCCAUUGGUGCGGCUCAUGGCGGCCCAGUCUCCCAACUGCUGCCUGGCGGGGCGCGCAGGGCACAUAUGGGGUCUCUGGGUCGCCUCCAGCUCAUCCCCGGGGUCAUGAAGUGUUGCAGGCACCAUGGGGCUCCCUCCCGGCCCCUCCCGCGCCGCACCGCCGCUGCUGCUGCUGCCGCUGGUCGCCGGCCUGUUGCUGGCCCUGACCGCGCGCGGGACCCUCGCGGGCGCGGUGGACCUGUCCAUCCGCACCGAGCCCCUGCCGAACACCGGCGGCGCGGAGCGGCGGUCUGACGUCGGGGUGGGCCCGCGCCAGCGCCGACCCAAGCUCAUCUCCUUCAGUACGGACAGCAGCCAGAUCGGGGUGGAGCUGGGCUUCACGGUGCCGCUGCUCAAGGUGCCGCUGCAGGGCGCGCGCGCGGGCGGCGCCACGGGCCCGGGCGGCCCCGGCAUGCCCGGCACCCCUGGCCCCCUCUUCAAGCAGCCCAUCGACGUCAACAUCGGCGCGCUCUUCGUGGCCGGCUCCAUGCUGCUCACCGUCAUGGGCAUCGUGCCCGCCGUGUACCAGGCGUUCGCCAAGCCCGCGCGCCCACCGCACUCCCUGCAAGCCAGAUCUGCAUCCGGCGAGGAUCCUGACGCGGAUGAGUCGCGGCCGGACUGGUUGCGGGAGGCGGACGCGGAGGCGAGGCAGCUGCUGCGCUCGGCAGAGGCGGCGCUGGCGCGGCAGGGGAUCGACGCGUGGAGCUGCGGCGGCCGGGCGCUGUGCGCGGCGCUGGCGGGGGCGGCGGGACGGGUGCGCGCCGACGGCCCGGCCGCGGCGCCCAUGGACCUCGUGCUGCACGGCUUGGCCAGGAGCUCUUGGGUGGAGCAGUGGGUGGCCGGCACGCGACUUCAGGACGCCGCCGCAGGUGGCGAGGACAUGGCCAGCUGCGCGAAAAGGUUCGCACGGUGCGCACUCCCCAGGGAAGUCACGGCGCUCCUCGGGACGCAGAGUGUGGACACGUCCUCGGCCACAUCAAGGGAGAACGCCGUGCUGCCCUGAGAGUCUGCAGUCUGAGGUUCUAAAGUAUCUGAGGAUCUAAACCAAAAAUGCUAUCGGGGAGCUGUGAUAUCAUCCCCCUCACCUUAAAGCCAGGUACUUUCGACCAAACACGCAAAGCUCGAGGGGACAAGGACUGAUGUGAUGAGCAUUUGUUUUCUCUGCCGUGUGUCAGAACUACGACACAACAGCAUUGCGGGUUCGCAUACCCGAGGCGCCAAGCGAAGCACCUUACGGGUAGAACAAGUAGGCAACCUAGCAUACUGCUGUGUCGUGGCCCUGACACACGGUACAGUUCUGAACGUCAAGGGGUCCCUUCUCCCCAGCUGUACCUUCCCUCUAUAAGAGGAUGCUCACAUGCUCACACCCCACAAUGCUUGCGCCGAUAGAGAUGUUUGAUAAAAACUUCUGUUUUGUUUGUAAUGUUUUUCAAAUUCAAGGACUGGUCUACCCAAGACCAAAUUUCGGUGUACUUUUUGUUCAAAAAUUAAUCAAGACAUCCCUAUGUGGGAGCUCCACCGAGCUCUGUUGCCCGGAGCGCUGCUGUUCUGUGAUAAAAGAUGUAACCACCAUGUAUCCAUUCCUAGAUAUAGAAGUAAAGGAAUGUGAGACAAUUGUAGUUUGUAAGUGAAAUAAAGCUACU